UCCAUGGCCGAUGGCUAGCUCUGAGCCUUUUCACCAUAUACAAUGCAAGCCUUCUCGCCCUCGUUCUCUGUUUGUUCUUCUUAUCCAUUACGGCGUCGUCGAAUCAGCACCGCCCCUCCCCGCAAACCCAAUCUCAGGCGGCUCACCUCCCGCGUCGUCCAACUCACUCGCCGGAGACAGCUUCACCAGAUAAUGGAGGAGAUAGAGAUGGCCAAAGAACGAUAUGGGAAGCUGAACACCAUUGUGAUGAAUGCGGUCGUCGAGGCAUGUGUUCAUUGCGGCGAUAUCGACUCUGCUCUUAUGGUGUUUGAUGAAAUGUCUGACCCAGGAAGCUGCGGCGUCGAUUCUGUCACAUAUGGUACCCUUUUGAAGGGUUUGGGCAGGGCUCGAAGAAUUGAUGAAGCUUUUCAAGUACUUGAAUCUGUGGAGCUAGGUACUGCGGUGGGAAGUCCAAAGUUGUCAGCACCUCUCGUUUUUGGUCUGCUCAAUGCUCUAGUUGAAGCGGGAGAUUUACGCCGUGCUAAUGGGCUUCUUGCACACUACGGUUUUCUUCUCCGCGAAGGUGGCAGUCUUACACUCACAGUCUAUAACUUAUUAAUGAAGGGAUAUAUCAAUGCAGGCAUUCCUCAGGGUGCGAUAACCAUGCACACAGAAAUAUUACGUCUAGGAUUAAAGCCUGAGAGGCUCACCUAUAAUACUCUAAUAUCUGCAUGUGUAAAAGCUGGAAAGUUGGACAUGGCAAUGCAGUUUUUUGAGGAAAUGAAGGACGAAGCACAGAAGUUUAGUCAUGCUGACCUUUUCCCAGAUGUCGUCACUUACACUACACUACUUAAGGGUUUUGGGCAUUCCAAAGAUAUCAAUUCAGUUCAAAAGAUUAUAUUGGAAAUGAAAACAUAUAUUGGUUUGUUUAUUGAUCGAACAGCAUACACUGCAGCUGUCGAUGCUUUGCUAGGCUGUGGCUCAAUGAAGGGUGCUUUAUGCAUUUUGGGAGAAAUACUAAAACAGGCUGGUGGAAAUCCAGACUUGCGACCAAAACCUCACCUCUAUCUUUCCUUCAUGCGUGCCUUUGCUGUUAGAGGAGAUUAUACCACCGUGGAAAAUCUAAAAGAUCACAUGUGGCGAGAUACUGCUGGAACUAUCUCCCCAAUGGUUCAAGAGGAAGCUGAUCAUCUUCUCAUGGAGGCAGCUUUAAAUGGUGGUCAGGUAGACGUGGCUAUAAAAUGCCUUGAAAAUGUUAUUACAAGGUGGAAGAGAAUAUCAUGGACAAGUCGAGGAGGCAUGGUUGCACUACGCGUAGAGGCCUUAUCGGGAUUCACCAAAUCAAGAUUGAGUCCUUAUCUACUUCCUCAGGUAUUGGCAAGUGAACCGAUUGAGAGUGUCAUGAUGCCCUUUGAAGCAGCUCGGCCACUAAAUGGGACCCUGCACUUGAACAAAGUGGUUAUGCGUUUCUUUAGGGAUUCAGUGGUGCCCAUUGUAGAUGACUGGGGUAGCUGCAUCGGAGUAUUGCACCGUGAAGACUGUAGAGAGAUGAACGCCCCUCUUUCGUCGAUGAUGAGAAGACCGCCUCCUUGUGCUACUACUAGGACAUCGAUCGGCCAUGUGGUGGAUCUGAUUAUGAAGUACAGAUAUAAAAUGGUUAUUGUAAUAAACCACAGCUCAGUAUAUGGUGGUACUCCUUCAAGAUUGAGGGCAGUUGGUGUUUUUACAGCUGAACAGCUGUGUAAUCUUGUUACACCAGAAACGCCAGGACUGAAACUUUCUUUAGGUAGAAACCUGAUUAACAAUCUACAGAGCAUGAAACUAUAGUCUCCUUGUAAAUUCAAUUUUUGUUAUAUAAAUAUGAUUAAAUAUGAUUGCAGUGAAAAUGGUAUCCUGAAAGGUGCUUGUUUAUACCCUGCUAUAAAGU